CUCCGCUUUACCCCUGCCAGCCUUCUUCCUCUCCUUUUUCCUCCUUCUGUCUCUUCUCUUUUUUUUUUUUCUGCUACCAUUUUCCUGCGGUCCUUCGCCCAGCGUUGCUCACUGCCGGUCAGGUUCAUCGCUGGGUUGUUGUGAUUGCUGUAGCCUGCAGGAGAGCGGAGUCCGUACAUGUCGGCGUGCGCAGGCACGCAGCGCAGGCGGACACCCGCCGGUUCAUUCAGCAGCUGCUCCUGUGAGGAUGCAGACAGGAGAGCUGCAGAACUCCACGUCAUCCUGGAAAAUUCACAUGCUGGGGGGACAUGACAGUAUUCCCAACAGACCCCAGCCUGCAGUUAAAUGCAGUUAACUGCAUUUAGUUGCAUUUAACAGUUUUAAAGGUUUGACAUUCAGGCUUUGGAUCUUCCCGUGCAUUUUGGAUCAGAGGAUAAAGAUCACUUGAUCUAGGAAGACAUGAAAACACUCAGAACCUCCAUCAGCAGUUUAAUCACCAUAAUAAAACAGAGCAUUCAUCAGAUCCUUACAGAGCUAUGCAGACUCGUCUCCAGAGUCAAGCUGCCAUCUUCUUUUCAUGUUUGACGAGGGAACACGCCCAGGUAACGACGAAGAACCAAAGGAGAUCCUGGUUGAAGCAAGCCUUGGCAGCUUCUGUCUGUCACCGUCUCAGGGUUUGGCAAAAGCAGCCGGGCGUGCACACAAUGCCAGCCAGGCGCUGUGCAGGGAAAGAACCCACUUCCAUUGUUCCACACAGACGGGCAUGCAAAUGUGCAACUUUUCCCACGCAGAGAUUAAAAGCAGAGUCUUUCUGGGGAAUGCAUGUCUCAAACUUUAAGGUGGACCAACUGAGGACUUCCUUUAUGCAGGAACUCAUUUUGCUGGUUCCUUUACUCAUUUCUGUUCUGGAUCAGAGUUACAGUUUUCUGUUCUUGUCUGAAUCAGAGCAGGUGCUGAAAUCAGACACUAAACAGCUAUUAGCAGAAGGCUGAAAGAAGGGGAGGAGAAUAGGAGGAAAACAGGAGAGCUCUUCUCCAACAGUAGCAGAGGGAGGGAGGAGGAAAAACAGGCCAGAGGGAAGGCAGAGCAGGGCAGCUUACAGGAUCUGCACUGUAAGCAACUCUGUCAGCAGCAAGUGGUGGCAGCGCCUCCACUCAACCUGGGUUUGUUUUACCGAGAGACAAGAAGGAGCGUCUUAGAGCAGCAGAACGGAGCCCAGGAGCAGCGACCCAAAGGUUUGAGCGUGGGGGGGGGGAGAAGCCGGGAGGAACACCAGGCGGGAAUGGAUAGCAGAGGGACUCGGUCUGAGUCUGGGAUGGCCGGGAUUCAAACGCUGCUGCUGGCCACCGUCCAGCACCCACACUAGGCUGCAAGCGCCACAGAGCUCCCAUGAGCCCGUUCAGCCAUGUUCCCCGGGUAUGGAUUAUCAAGCUUUCCUGAUUUCCAGCCCCACCUUCAUGCUUUUGGCUGCAGAGGAGAACGUCCCAGCAUGUGGAUCCCGCGCUCAGGAGAGCCCCAGGCGCCCAGUGACUCCAGGGAGGGCAGGCCUCUCCUCCACAGGCACGUUGCCGUGUGCCAGCAGGAGACGUUGGCUUUUAUCGAGCUGCAGCCAUCGGUGACCCCCAGACUACCGUGUUUUGGUCCGCAGAGGUCAAGCGUGAUCUCUGACGCUGAAUGCAUGUCUCACUCUGUGCCUCUGAGAGGCUUCAGUCAGACUCGGAUUGAGCUGAAUGACAUGCAGAAGGGCCGCCACAGGACAGCCAGUGAACACGACACGAGGCCCCCCCCUCCUGGAGGUACCAAGGAUGAGCUCCAACACAAAAAUCCCAGCAGGACGUUCCCACAGGAGCAGGCAGAGCCGCAUCGAACGGUCACGACCGUUUGUCGCCCGCUCCACGCGGCUCUCAGCCUUCCUCUGCCUCUGCCCCUGUCCUCUCUGUACGGCUGGGAAGCUCAGGCACCGUGCUCCCCAUCCUCUCCUGAAAGCCCGGGGUUUCCAGGUCCAGACAGCCUUCCUCAGAGAAGAAGCUCCCAGGGGUCCAUCAAGGAGAAGUCCAUGCGGCGAAAAAUGCAGGUUUAUUCUCCAGACAGCCUGAGUGACGAGUCCCUCAGCAGCCCGGUUCUGGAGGCCGACUACAUCUUUCCUGGACCCUUUGCUUCUUUCCUGGAGGAGGACCUGAGUGGAUUAUCGUCCCUGGAGACCCCCUUCACCCCCCCAUCCACAGACGGUGCCGCAGACCUCAGUCAGGAGGAUAUUUUCGACGUCCCUGAAGAGCCGUUGCGGAUCAUAGAGGACUCUGAUCCAGGAGCCGAGGAGGACCGCAGAUGCGUGGAGGCAUCCGUCCCCUCAGGAGGGAGCUUUCUGACACGCUGUCGUCAUGGAGACCAAGAGCGGCGGCGCUUCUCCGCUUCAGAGCUGAUUUCCAGACUGCAGCUUUCUCAAAGGAAAAGCUCCUUUACUCUGAAGCUGGGGAAGUCACUGUCGGCUCGGGUGGCUUCCAGGGACCGGCAGAGCCCCAACCCCGACUAUAAGUCCAACCACAGACACCGCGGCUCCGGAGGCUCUGGUGACAGCGGCCCCCACAGUCCUGUUGGACAGGCGCCCCCCCUGCCCAGCAGUGACGGUGCUCAUCGGUGGAGCACAAAGCUCGGGAUGAGGAAGAAAUCCACGGAGGAGGACUUGGGCGGCGUCGCUCCGGUUUUGGGCUCAAACCGGCUCUCGCGGUUCCUGCCCAGCUCGAUCCUGUACCAGGAAUACAGUGACGUUGCCAUCAACAGAGAGAUCCAGAGACAGCAGGGGAAGGAGCCCAGCACAGAGGAGGAGGGCCUGAGGGACGACGGGUCCGAUGGGACCCAGUCUCCAUCAAAUCUGUCUCCGUCCAGCUCCUUUCGCUCCUCAAGAGGUUCUGCUUUUGCGCUGUGGCAGGAUAUACCAGACGUCCGGACCAGCGGCCAGCUGGACCACUUCAGCAAGGAGGAGAGGAAAUUACAGGAGGCAAAGUUUGAGCUGGUGACGUCAGAGGCGUCCUACAUCCGUAGCUUGACCAUCGCAGUGGACCACUUCAUGCUGUCCCAGGAGCUGGCCGAGUGUCUCGGAGCUCAGGAGAAGCAGUGGCUCUUCUCCAAACUCCCUGAAGUCAAAGACGUCAGUGAGAGGUUUCUGCUGGACCUGGAGCGCCGGCUGGAGGAGGACAUUCUCCGUUUUGAUGUUUGUGACAUUGUGCUGGACCACUGCACUGCUCUGCGAAGAGUCUACCUGCCUUACGUAACCAACCAGGCUUAUCAGGAGCAGACGUACCAGCGGCUGCUGCAGGAAAACCCUCGAUUCCCGGGCAUCCUGGCCCGCCUGGAGGAGGACGCCGUGUGCCAAAGACUCCCUCUGACCUCUUUUCUGAUCCUCCCGUUUCAGAGGAUCACACGGCUGAAGAUGCUGGUGGAGAACAUCUUGAAGCGAACGGCUCCAGGAUCACGAGAUGAAGACACCGCCACCAAAGCCUUCAACGAGCUAAAAAAGAUCAUCAGAGAGUGCAACUCCAGCGUGCAGUCCAUGAAGAGGAUGGAGGAGCUCAUCCACCUCAACAAGAAGAUUCACUUUGAAGGCAAAAUUUUUCCGCUCAUCUCUCAGUCCCGCUGGCUGGUGAAACACGGGGAACUUCUUGAGGUGGACACUCCGAUGAUGAGCAUCUCUGGAUCAAAGCUCAAGCUGCCCACCAAGCCAGUGUACCUCCACUUGUUCAACGACUGCCUGCUGCUGUCCCGGAGGAAAGAAACGUGGAAGUUCAUGGUGUUUGUCCAUGCCAAGAUUGGAGAGCUGAAGGUGAAGGAUCUGAGUCAGAAGCUGCAGGGCAUCUCAGGCUUCAUCUUCCACCUGCAGCUGUGUGAAGGCCAGCAGCUCAAACAUCAGAUCCUGCUCAAGUCCCACACUGAGAGCGGGAAGCAGAGGUGGAUCACAGCAAUGUUCCCGUCAAACCCACUGGAGGACAUUGAGCAGGCCACAGAGAACGACGAUAUAUCGCAGGUUCAGUGCAUCAAAAGUUAUCAAGCUCAGGAGCACGACGAGCUAACGCUGGAAAAAGCAGACAUCCUUCACGCCAAGAUAAUAACGAGUGACGGCUGGGUGGAGGGCAUCCGCCUGUCAGACGGGGAGCGUGGCUGGUUCCCCAAAACCUACGUGGAGGAAAUCACAAGCCGCAGCGCACGCCUGCGCAACCUGCGGGAGAAUAUCCGCAUCAAAUGUGUCACACAGAAACUGAGGGUGGAGGACUGAGGACGGCUCACCUGCCGCUGGUGGUGGUGGUGGGGGGGGUCCAUAUGUGGAGCGCAGAGGCUAAAGUGCAUCAGAUUUUCAUAAACACUCUUUGAAUGCAAACACUGCUUUUUGGAUCAAACAUUUUAAGCUCAAAGUCUUCUGAAAAAUUGAGAUUUCUGCUGCUGGUUCCUUCUGGAUUCAGAAACUUCUGAGUCUUUAGAGCGUCUGAUUGGAGGAUGCAUCCCCCCCCCCCCCGGUCUGCAGAACGAUGAGCAGACUGACAUUGGGACACGCUAAUGUUAGCAUGCUGCUUGGAAGAGUCGUCACAAAAGCUGAUAAAACUACUGUUAUUAGAGAUUGCAGAGUAUAGAAAAACCUUUACUGCACAUGUGCAGCUUUGACUGGAGCAAGUCACACGUAUUGACUGUAUCUGAGAACUGGACUGAGUGGCCCCUCCCCCAUGGCUUUCCAAACAGGAAGUGGCUCCAGGAAGCCAAAAUCCCACCGACUUCUACAGAGAAAUAAACAGCUGUUCCUC